AACUUAGUCACAAUUUCUUGAGUGGUGACAUUCCAAGGAUGCCAACAUCUUUGCAGAUUGCUUUGAAUCUCAGCACCAACCUUUUUGAAGGACCGAUUCCUAGUCAUCUGUCCAUGCUCACUGGAUUAGAAAUUUUGGAUCUAUCUAACAACAAGUUCUCAGGUCAGAUACCCUCAUUUUUAGCUGAUCAACUGGUAGCAUUGACACAGUUGAUACUAUCUAACAAUCAGCUCUCUGGAGUCUCUCCACACUUCAAUACUUGGGUCAUGGUCAACACAGAUGGAAAUGCAGGUUUAAUUAAAGCUACAACGCCCUCCUUGGUAAAGAAAGGAAAUUCAAAGGCUUUGCCAAUUGCUCUUGCAGUUGUAGCUGGUGUUGUUGCUAUUGUAGCCAUUGCCAUCCUUGCUAUAUCACGGCACAGUUACAGGGUUAACGAUGAACAAGUGGACUCCGGGGAAGAUCUUCCUCCUCCUGAGGUCCUCCAAGGUAGUCUCUUAACUGCCAAUGCCAUUCACAGAUCAAGUAUCGAUUUCACUACAGCCAUGGAGGUAGUUUCUGACCCCUCAAACAUUGAGCUCAAGACUAGGUUUUCAACUUACUACAAAGCCACCAUGCCGUCUGGAUCGAGCUACUUUGUCAAGAAACUUAACUGGAGUGACAAGAUAUUCCAAUUGGGCAGCCACGACAGAUUCGAGAACGAUUUACAGAUCUUUGGAAAACUGAGCAAUUCCAAUGUCAUGACUCCUUUGGCCCAUGUUACAACUGUUGACAGUGCUUAUCUGUUCUAUGAGUAUGCUCCAAAAGGCACCCUUUUUGAUGCUCUUCAUUGUAGCUCAGACAAUUCUAUGGAUUGGGCAAGUAGAUACAGUAUAGCGAUUGGAAUAGCUCAGGGCCUCGCUUUUCUUCAUGGAUGCACCUCAGGUCCAAUACUUCUCCUAGACCUGUCAAGCCGAAGCAUUUUGCUCAAGUCCCUCAAAGAGCCUCUUAUUGGAGACGCCGAGCUCUGCAAAGUGAUUGAUCCCUCAAAGAGCACUGGAAGCCUUUCCACUGUUGCUGGUUCUGUUGGUUAUAUUCCUCCAGAGUAUGCAUACACUAUGAGGGUAACAGUGGCCGGUAACAUCUACAGCUUUGGGGUGAUUCUGCUUGAAUUGCUGACAGGAAAGCCAGCAGUUAGUGAAGGGAUUGAGUUGGCCAAUUGGGUACUGAGUAAAUCAGGGCAGCAAGAUAAAAUUCUUGAUUCUACAAUCAGCAGAACCUCAAGUGCCAUCAGAAGCCAGAUGUUAGCUGUACUGAAAGUUGCUCUUGGUUGUGUUAGUGUAUCACCAGAAGCAAGGCCAAGAAUGAAGAGCGUUCUUAGGAUGCUUCUGAAUGCAAGAUAAAGUAGCAAGGCACCACUCGAAGUAUAGUAUAGAGUAGCAGUUUUAUGCAUACAAAUAAAAAUUGAGGGUUUUUGUAUGUUCCUCCUAGUAAGUCCUAGAGUGUGAUUGAUUCUUCUGAAAGAUGUGGCAACUAUCGCAGUAUCGUGUAUAGGAAGUUGUAUGUAUCUAAUAACCUAGUCAACCUAUGUACUUAAUACUAAAA